AUGAAGCCGGUCUCCAGUCAAGUUCAUGAGGCCUUUGGUAAGGCCUUGAGGUCUACGAUGCCUUCGACGCUACAGGCCUCUUGUCCGGACCCGAUGGUCGCUACAGCCAAUCCUAAAUUUGGGGAUUAUCAAUGCAACAACGCGAUGGGGUUGGCGAAGAAGUUUAAAUCGGAUCUUCCUGAUGGGAUGAAGAUUCCAAAACAAAUCGGAGAGAAGAUCAAAUCCAAUUUAAUGGAAGAAUCUCCCGAAGAGUUCGAAAGUGCCACCGUCGCCCCCGCGGGUUUCGUGACGGUUAAACUUUCCUCUGGUUGGAUCGCCAAACAAUUGACAUCGAGUGUAGUAGAAAACACUAUAACAUAUUGGGAGGAGCCCUCAGUUAUUGUGGACAUGUCGAGUCCGAACAUCGCAAAGGAGAUGCACGUUGGGCAUCUGAGGAGUACUAUUCUUGGAGAGACCGUCAGUCGAAUACUCGAAUACUCCGGCAAUGAUGUAUGCAAUAAUAUUAUUAAUCGAUCAUCAAUCGACUCACAGGUUCAACGUAUUAAUCAUGUCGGCGAUUGGGGUACUCAAUUUGGUAUGUUGAUUGAACACAUGAAGGACGCUUAUCCCGACUUCCUCAACCACACCCCCGAAGUCUCUGAUCUUCAAUCCUUUUAUAAAGCGGCUAAGAAGCGUUUCGAUGAGGAACCCGACUUCAAGAAACGUUCCCAAGAAGAAGUUGUCGCCCUUCAAUCGGGUGAUGAAUACGCUCGGAAGGCUUGGCAGAUUUGUUGUGAUAUUUCGAGGAAGAGUUUUGAGGAGGUCUACAGCCGCCUCGGCAUUGAAGGCUUGAAGGAGCAGGGGGAGAGCUUUUACAACGAAAUGAUCGGACCAAUCGUUGAGAAGUUGGAAAAGGAGGGACUUGUGGUCGAAUCAAACGGCGCCAAGUGCAUCUUCACUGAUGUUGAUGAUGUGCCAAUGAUGGUAGUGAAGAGUGAUGGAGGUUACGGCUAUGAUAGUACUGAUGUGACGGCGGUGUGGUAUCGAUUAACUCAACUACACGCCGAUGAAGUUGUUUAUAUUACCGACCUCGGACAAGAAGUUCAUUUCAAGAAGCUCUUUGAAGUCGCCAAGAUGGCCGUUGGCAUCAUCCUCCUCAAACUAAACUCGAAUACCUCGGCUUUG